UUUUUUUUGGUGGAAGUUUGAAAGAAAAUCAAUCAAUUCAAAAAAAUCAAAUAGCAACAGCAAACACAGCGAAAGAAAGAAAGAAAAAAUGUUGGAAAUAAUCAAAUAUUAUUCCUAUGGUAUUUUAUCCAAUAUAAUCUGUAUAUUAGGUUUAUUGGGUAAUACAAUAACAUUGUAUAUAUUGAAUUCAAGUAAAGAUAUGCGAAAAUCAACAAUCAAUAUCUAUUUAACUGUAUUAACAUUAUAUGAUAAUGGUGUAUUAAUAUUUUCUGUAUUAAUGUUAAAUAUACCAUCAAUAGCUGAUUAUCAAUUACAACAGCUACAUGAACAACAAAUGUUAGCUACAGUUGUAGCAAAUAUUUCAUUUAUAAAUGAUACAAAUUGUUUGGGUGAACCACCACCAUUACCUCAAUCAUCUUCAUUACUAUCAUCAUCAUCAUCAUCAUCAUCAAUGUAUGAUAUUCAUAAAAAUGAAUCAUCAAAUCUAAUAAUGACAACAACAACAAUGAAAAUGAUGAUGAUGAUGAUGAAAAUGUCGAAUAAUGGUUUUCCAUCAAAUUCAUAUAUAUCAUCAUCAUCAUCAUCAUCACCAUUCAAACAUCAUCAUUUACAUUCUUAUGAUCAUUCAAAAUUAAAUGAAUUAUUAAAUUCUUCUAUCAAUUUAUUUGUUGAACAAUGUUUAAUCAAUAUAGAAUCCGUUCCAUCAAUAAUAUUAACAUAUAAUUGUAACAUUACUAAUAGAACUAAUAAUGAUGAUAAUAGUUUAUAUUGUAAUCUAUUAUUACGUAUAAAAUCCUAUUCGAAUAUAGAAAAUUCAAUACCUAUUGAUCGAAUAUUACAAAAUUGUAUUACAAAAUGGUCAAUUCAAAUGGAUUCAAAAUGUUUUCAAAUAUUAAAUAAAACGCUCAAUAUAUUGGAUCAUUUUAAUGAAAGAAAAAUCAUCAUACCGGAUAAAUUAUUAUUAUUUGAAAAUCAUUUUACAAAAUUAUUAUUGGCGGCUAUUAAAACAAACUAUAAUAUGACAAUCAAUGAUGUUGUUGAUGAUGAUUAUUAUCAACAAAGAUUUUGUAGUAAUUCAAGUGAUUGGAUUUCAAUUGACGAUAAUGAUUCAGAUGAUUCAUCAAAUAUCGAAUGUCCAGCCAUUGAUUUGCCUUAUUCUCCAUUAGUUUAUUAUGUAAAAAUUGUUUAUCCAUUAGCAUUAUUUGCUCAAACUGGAUCAAUAUGGACAACAUGUUUAAUAACAAUUGAACGCUAUUUAGCUGUUUGUCAUCCAUUAAUGACAAUGACAUUAUCAACACGUGCACGUGCUAUAUGGGCAUUAACAUUAUUAUCGAUUGUUGCAUUUUUAUUUAAUUUACCAAGAUUUGCCGAAGUUGAUACUACUUGUUAUCAGGUUCGACCAACUGAAUUUCGUCAUAAUAAAAUCUAUUAUCAAGUUUAUUAUAUAUUUUUAAAUUUAACAUUUAAUUAUAUAAUACCAUUAUCAUUAUUGGCUGCAUUGAAUGUAAAAAUUUAUUUGAGUGUACAACAGGCAAGUCAAAAUCGUAGUGAAUUAACAAGAGCAAGACAAAGUGAAUUACAUUUGGCAUCAAUGUUUAUUGCAAUAGUGGCAAUAUUUAUAGCUUGUAAUGCACCGGCAUUUCUUUGUAAUUGUUUGGAACCAUAUUUUAAAGUAGGAACACCUGUAUUGGAAUUGAUGACCAUAUUUGCCAAUGUACUUGUUUGUAUUAAUUCAUCAAUUAAUUUUGUUAUCUAUUGUAUAUUUGGACGAAAAUUUCGUUCAAAAUUUUUACGAUUAUUACGUAUUGAUCAAUGGUGUAGUCAAAAUCAUCACCAUCAUCAACAACAACAACGUCCAUUAUCAUAUUAUAAUAAUUCACCAAAUAAUUGUACACGAUCAACAACAAUACCAUUGAAUCAUCGUUCAGAAAUAACAAUGAAUAGUUUGAAUAAUGAUAAAAAUAGCAACAAUAAUGAUAAUCAACAACAUUAUCGUAAACAUGGUUGGACUUCAUUGAUAUCAAAUCGAUUUAAAAUUGGAAAACAACCAAUAACAACAACAACAGCAUCAUCAACAUCAACAUCAAUGACAACAACAACAGUACGUUUUCUACAUUCAAAGUUAUCCAUACGAUCGAAUAACAAUACAUUUCAUUCGAAUCAAAAAACAUUUACCGUUAAUCAUGAUGAUGAUGAUAAUGAUGAAAAUGAUGGAGGAGGUGCUGGUGGUGAUGAUGAUGAUGUAAAAGAUGAUGAAUUAAUUGCCAUGAUGAAU